AUGGCUAUGUACAGUACCAGGGGGAAAUUUGCAGUGGUGAGGAAAUGUGUAAAGAAAGAUUCUGGAAAAUAAUUUGCAGCAAAGUUCUUGAGAAAAAGAAGAAAAGGCCAAGAGUGUCUAAUGCAAAUAAUUCAUGAGAUUGCUGUACUUGAGCUAGCACAGGAUCCUUGGGUCAUUAAUUUACAUGAUGUCUAUGAGACUCCAUCAGAAAUUAUCUUAGUUCUGGAAUAUGCUGCUGGAGGUGAAAUCUUUCCCCAGUGUUUUGCAGACAGAGAAGAAGGCUUUAAAGAGAAAGAUGUUCAAAAACUCAUGAGGCAGAUUUUAGAAGGUGUUUACUUUUUACACACCCACGAUGUAGUUCAUCUUGAUAUGAAGCCUCAGAAUAUUCUGCUGAAUAAUGAAUCUCCACUGGGUGACAUUAAAAUAGUUGAUUUUGGUCUUUCAAGAAUAAUGAAAAUAAUGAAGGAUAGUGAAGAACUUCAAGAAAUUAUGGGUACACCUGAAUACAUGGGUAAGUAUUCAGAAGAGUGGGAUGCAUGCUUAAUAAUGGGGCCAACCAUCUGCUAUGUUGAAAUUCUACCAUCAGAGAUUCCUUCCUUUGUAUUAAAUGAAAAAAUGGAAAACUUUAAAGAAUAA